AUACUUUCUCUCUUUCUACUUCUUUUAUAUCAGUUUCCAAAAAUGAAGAGCAUUAGUGUUCUGGUUGUUUUCUCAUUGGCUUUGGUUCUCGGCAUUGCCAAGGGUUUUGAUUUUCACGAGAAGGAUUUAGUAUCGGAAGAACGGUUGUGGGAUCUGUACGAGAGGUGGCGGAGCCAUCACACGGUGUCGAGGAGUCUCGAUGAGAAACACCGGCGGUUCAAUGUGUUCAAGCACAAUGUUAUGCAUGUUCAUAAUACCAACAAAGAAGGCAAACCUUACAAGCUUAAGCUCAACAAGUUUGCUGACAUGACCAACCACGAAUUCAGGAAUGCUUACGCUGGCUCCAAGAUCAGACAUCAUAAGAUGUUCCAAGGGAAGCCCCGAGGCGCCGGUAGUUUCAUGUACAAGAACGUCGACGAAUUCCUGCCGUCCGUCGAUUGGCGUCAGAAAGGUGCUGUCACUGCUGUUAAGGAUCAAGGCCAUUGUGGUAGUUGCUGGGCAUUUUCAACAGUUGUGGCAGUGGAGGGAAUUAAUCAAAUCAAAACCAACAAAUUAGUAUCAUUAUCUGAGCAAGAAUUGGUGGAUUGCGACACAGAAGAAAACCAAGGUUGCAAUGGCGGAUUAAUGGACAUGGCCUUUGAUUUCAUCAAGAAGAAUGGUGGGAUCACUACUGAAUCCAAUUACCCUUACAAAGCUGAUGAUGGAACUUGCGAUGUUUCUAAGGAAAAUUCACCAACAGUGUCCAUCGAUGGGCACGAGAAUGUGCCCGAAAACGACGAGGAUGCUCUGCUUAAAGCUGUUGCAAACCAGCCAGUUGCAGUGGCCAUCGAUGCUGGGGGUAUGGAUUUUCAGUUCUACUCCGAGGGGGUAUUCACAGGAGAAUGUGGAAGAGAGUUGAACCAUGGGGUUGCAGCAGUGGGGUAUGGAACUACACUUGAUGGGACCAAAUACUGGAUAGUGAAGAACUCAUGGGGGCCAGAGUGGGGUGAGAAUGGUUAUAUAAGGAUGGAACGUGGGGUUGCAGCAAAAGAAGGAUUGUGUGGGAUAGCAAUGGAGGCUUCAUAUCCCAUCAAGAAUUCUUCAUCUAAUCCUGUUGGACCCUCAUUCUAUCCUAAGGAUGAACUCUAAACCCUACAUUUACUUUCUACUUUCAGAUGUGUUGCUUUACUGUUUCCUAAAGUUGUAUGAUACAUCAUGCUAUACUGAAUAAUAUAUACUUCUGAUUUAGUUUUAA